GGGAGGCUGAGGCAGGAGAAUCACUUGAACCCAGGAGAUGGAGGUUGCAGUGAGACGAGAUCAUGCCACUGCACUCCAGCCUGGAUGACAGAAUGAGACUCUGUCUCAGGGAAAAAAAAAAAAGCUCUUUGUGCCAAGCCUCCUGCCAGGGAUACAGGAGCAACCACAGACCCUACCCUCAGGGGGCUGGUAGGGCCAGAUUAAAAAAUGCAUCAGUGAAUUAAAAGGCACAGGGGACUGGGCAUGGUGGCUCACGCCUGUAAUUCUAAGACUUUGGGAGGCUGAGUUGGGAGGAUCGUUUGAGUCCAGGAGUUUGACACCAGCCUGGGCAACAUAGAACUUAAAAAAAGCUAGGCUCAGUGGCUCAUGCCUGUAAUACCAGCACUUUGGGAGGCCGAGGCCGGCAGAUCACGAGGUCAUGAGUUCGAGACCACCCUGGCCAACAUGGCGAAACCCCGUCUCUACUAAAAAUACAAAAUUUAGCUGGGUGUGGUGGUGGGCUCCUGUAAUCUCGGCUACUCGGGAGACCGAGGCAGGAGAAUCACUUGGACCCGGGAGGCGGAGGUUGCAGUGAGCUGAGAUUGUACCAUUGUACUCCAUCCAGCCUAAGUGACAAAAGCAAGACUUCAUUUCAAAAAAAAUAAAAAGCCUUCACGGCUGGCUUCCCUUAGGGACGCGGUGACAAGUGAGACCCGGAGGAGCAGCCGCCCCAUGCAUGAGUGGCGAGGGACCGCGUUCCUGUCUCUAUAGCUGGAGAAGCGUGAAAGAUGAUCUGGCCCAACAUCGCUUUGUUCUCAGGGGAAGAGCCCUCCAAGACUGGGGAGGGGCCUGUGCGCGGGUCUCGCUCCGAAACGUGUUUGGGCUGCUCCAAGAGGCACCCAGUGAAGGGAGGGAUGGGACAUCCGAAGGGUGGCCCGGGAGACCGGGAGAUGGUGAGGGGGAGUCCCCUCUCCACCAAUCCAAAUCCUCCCCAUCCAUGCGGGCUCCAGACGGACCCUCCCCCACCCAUCCCAGGCCGGAAAGUGAACAUUCUCUGCACCUCUCCCACCCGUUUCGGUUUCACCACUGACUAGGAUUGGGAUCUACCCCUCUGAGCCUCGCUUUUCCCAUCUGAAAAAUGGAACUUCCGAUCCCUCACUCCCAUCCCACUCUGGCUCCAGGACUCUGGAAUGUUUAGAGAUUAGCUUAUGGUGGGACGGCUACAGAACUAUGGCCAUGAAGGCCAGGGAGUCUGGGUUCCCAACUGGGUCCCAUUCCCUAGGGAGAUUCGGGCAGCAACCGGCCAGGCCAUUUCCUUGAGAACUACAUUUCCCGAAAUGCAAAGGGAAGAACUACAUUUCCCGAAAUGCAAAGGGAAGAAGGCGGUUCCUGCUAGUCUCGGACGACGUGGGGCCUGAAACCUGAGCCGGACCUGGAACUACAACUCCCGGCGUGCUCCGCGGUCCAAACCGGAAAAGCGUGACCCGGAACCGGAUGUUGCUUGUGGCUCCGGUAACUUAGCGCCGGGGGAAAUGGCCACGGGGACAGACCAGGUGGUGGGACUCGGCCUCGUCGCCGUUAGCCUGAUCAUCUUCACCUACUACACCGCCUGGGUGAUUCUCUUGCCAUUCAUCGACAGCCAGCAUGUCAUCCACAAGUAUUUCCUGCCCCGUGCCUACGCUGUUGCCAUCCCGAUGGCCGCAGGCCUCCUGCUACUCCUGUUUGUGGGACUGUUCAUCACCUACGUGAUGCUGAAGAGUGAGAGGGUGACCAAGAAGACUCAGUGAAGGUCCUGCGGGGAUGAGGCUGCCAGCCCCUUCUCUGCCUCCCCUCCAGGGCAGGGACCAAGCCUGGGAGCCUGCAGAACCUUCCCAGGCACAGUGGCGCCCCAAGCCUGGCUGUCCUGCAGAGUCCCCAUAGCAUGGAACUUAGCCCUGACUGACUGGACCCCCCUCCCCUGCUCUCCCUUCCAGAAGCUAGGAGGGAGGGACACAAGAAAGGUCACCCCUUUCUUGCCCAGGGCCUGAAAGAUGCUGGUCCUCCCAAUCUCACUCUCAGACCCCCUGCCACCUUUUCCCCGGGGUUCUGCCAUCAUGCCUCAUUUCCUCUCCUGUCACAUGCUGACAUUGGACUUAGCAGGUUCUAAGGCUGCAUUUGUGACCUCUGACCUCUCUCCACAAGCCCUCUCCUCCACCAAGGCAACUUUCCUUAGCCUGACACAGCGCCACUCCCCACAAGCCCUUCUGGACCUGGAAAGCCUGGGGAAGGACUGACAGACCCCAGGACCACCCGUAGGGCUCAGGGCACAUUAUGAGCUACCCCGGGCCCACUGAUUGACCACUCCUCAUGGAGGCCCAGCCCCCCAACCCCAGGGCAGGCCUAUUUGGGAGAGCUGACCAAUAAAUGCUGACUGAUUGUGUA